AUGGACAUUCGCUAUCAGUGGUGUGGACAGACGUCUAUUAGUGAUCAGCAUGUCGAACAAGCCGGGCAGGCCAACGAGAAAAUCGUGCCAGAAGUUGGUGUUGUACCCAAUCAAUUUACCACUUUUCUACAAGAGCAAAAGAAAAACGCUAAAAGUUUAGGCUGCUGCCUAAGCCCGCCGGUAACAAUGGCAGCGCCGGCACCAGCACCAGCACCAGCACCAGCACCAGCACCAGCACCAGCACCAGUACCAGCAUCGGCAUCGGUACCGGUACCACCGCCAGCACCACCGCCACCGUCACCGACAACGAUAGUGGCACCGGCACCACCACCGGCAAGUACAAUGACACCAUCGACAAGUGCAGUGGUACCGGCACCACCACCAUCGACAACUGCAGUGGCACCGGCAAUGGUAUCACUUUGGCCACCGCCACCGCCACCGCCACCAUCCGCAUCUAAAAAUGCGAUGAGGAAGAAAAUCAAUCUUCUGAGGAAGGCGGUGGCGAAAGAGCGGCGAAAAAACUCUCAAUAUAUCCCAGCGGCCACGGCGCUGGGAUAUAUGCAAGUGCCGCCACCGCCGCCAUCGGGAUAUGGGCAGGCACCGUAUGUCCCAGCGUCGUCGCCGUUGGGAUAUAUUACACCAUCGCCACCACCAGGACACGUCCCAUCGGCACCACCAGGACACGUCCCAUCGCCACCACCAGGGUUUAUUCCGGCGGCAGGUUACGUUCCGUCGGCGGGAUACGUCCCGUCGCCAGGAUACGUCCCGUCGGUGGGAUACGUUCCGUCGCCGGGAUACGUUCCGUCGCCGGGAUACGUUCCGUCGGCGGGAUACGUCCCGUCGGCGGGAUACGUCCCGUCGCCAGGAUACGUCCCGUCGCCGGGAUUCGUCCCACUGCCGCCGGGAUACGUGCCAGGCAAAUAA